ACUACUUGAAGUUUUGGAUAACCUCAAUCAAGACAUUUGGAGGCAAAAAGGCACCACUGUUUCUUGUUGCCACACACACAGAAACAAAAUCUACAGAUGAAAUAGAGAGGUUCUUUGGGGAGUUCUGGAAUGCUGUUCCAGACGAGGACAGAGAUUGGUUAAGUGAGUCUCUGAAUGAUCGUGAAUAUGCAGUGGGUCUAAAGGAACUUAAUGAUAACACUAAAGCAAUGCUAGAGUCAAUGAAAAACUCCAUAGUGGAAUUAUUUAUGGAUGAGAAUACUACAAAAAUUGAAUUGCCUUCUUCAUGGGCUCUAAUGGAGCAGUUAUUGUAUGAAGGAGACUGGAAGGUUUUGUCCCUGAGUGAAAUCUGGAAGCUCAACUCAUCUCUUCCUUAUGAAUACCAAAUCAAAGGUGAUGAAGAAAUGACCAAAUUUUUAAAAUGUUUCCAUGACAGUGGCCUUCUUCUGAAUUUUGAAGAAGGGAAAUUGAGGGAACAUGUUAUAUUAGACAUUCAGUGGUUUGCUAAUGCUUUCAGCAAGAUAAUUGCUGAUGAAAACCACAUCAGUAAAGAUUGUGAAAGGAAACUAAUAGAGGAGUGGAAAUCUUUUAACAAAACAGGGGAGCUUAAAGAUAAAGUGAUAGCUUCUUUAUGGAAAGAUGAUACCUUUAUACUUGACACAUAA